AGGGUAGACGCCCAGACCGGAAGUGGUACCUUAGUGACUGACAGCUCCAUGCGUAUAUCAGAUGUGAUGCUGAAACGAAACUACACAGUUGGGGACACGAUGUGGAACUGCAGUCCCUGGGCUCUUCUGCCUCCUGUCUACUCUCUGUUCACAGCCGCUGGACUCUGGGUGGUAUACUUUGUCGCUGUCAACGAUGAGCAGAUCUUCCCCCUGAGCUCACAAGGAAGCAAAGUAAAUGGAUCCCGGUAUCCCCCGUACAUAAGUGUUGCAGGCAACUUUCCACCAGCCAGCUGCAUCUUCAGUGAGGUCAUGAACCUGGCAGCAUUUGUGGGGUUGAUUAUUGCCGUCCUAAGAUACCUUCAGCUGAAACACACCACAGUCAAACCAUGGCUGAAUAUCAGUUGUCUUGUGGGUUUUGCUAUUGUCUGCUUUGGAAUGACACUCGUAGGAAACGUCCAGUUAUUCACUGAUAAAAAGAUUCACGAACUGGGCACACUUCUGACGUUUGGACUGGGAACACUCUUCUGCUGGGUGCAGUCCUACAUCACCCUGAAGGUGGACUUCAGGAACGAGGGAAGGAAGGUUGGAAUCAGUCGUUUCCUGUUGUCUGGAGCUGUCACUGCCUGCAUGAUCAUCCGUCCGAUCCUGAUGGUGGAGGACCUCCACAUGCACGGAGCCCGAUGCCAGUGGGCGCUGGUCAUGUUCUUCCUCGCCUUCAUUGGCACUUUUGCCAUUGACUUUCGUCACAGCCGCUUUGAGAUGGUGUGCACAGAUAACAUACAGACCCACUCUGAAAUGUACAGGAACGAGCUGGACCAACUGUAGGGAUGCUACACUGACUCACAUCUGAAGAUAAUCAGGAUCAACUGCACGAGGCGCAUGUGGGUCUCAGAGGCCUUUACAACAUCUGAGGGAUUUCUUACUACAGUGUUACCAAUAGUGACACUUAAGGGUCUGUAUUUAAGAGGUUUUCCUUAUCCAAAGUGUUUUGCACUCCAAUCCACACAAACUAUAUGCUGUUUUUUAUUUGUACACUUUCACCUAGGCAAGUUGGGGUUUGUUAUUUUUCAACGAGGACAUCGCUAUUUGAACUGGAGGCACUGGGCAUUAAACUCUGUCCCUCUGGUUAAUGGUCGAACUGCUCCAUUUUCAGAGUCAAAGACGCCGUCGUCCCAUGUUCACACUUUUCUUUAGAUUUUUUAUGUUUUGAAUCCAUAAUCAUUCAAAAGUGGACUUGCUUUAUAUGUUACACCAAAGAUCUGUUCUGUACAAUCAUUUUUUUGUGUUAUUUUCAAACAUUAUAGAUAUCUAAUAAAAAAAAAUACUUUUCAAAUGCUUUAGUUUUUUGGGACGGUGAAUGCUGACGAUCAAUGAAUGCUGAUAUGCACAGUAAAGAAUAAAAUCUAUACAAAUACAGAAA